CUAAAUAGACAGGAAGCAGGCUAACAGAAACUGCGGGUAUCUGUCUCCUCAGGUGUGUUCAGCCUCUAUGCCCAUAUCAGGAACCUGCGCACCUGUGAGCUGACGUCACACGCUGAAAGUACCUGCAGCAACUCGCCCAGCUGCACUCGUCAGUAACUUCCUUCAAGAGAGGAGACAAAGAAGACGCGACGCAAACCCGUCAAGGAAUAUAUUUAUUUUUCAUUACAUUGCGAGGAAUACUGAAAGCGGAGUACAGGCAGAUGGGGACCGCUCAGUUCGCGGUUUUGGGAAUUUUAAUCGCCGUUUUUCAGGCCUCUGCCUUAGUGCCUGCCGAAGAGCCAACAUGUGUACCUGGAUUCAAGUCAAGCAGGUUCAUUUUCAAAGUCACAAAGUGCCUGAAGCCACACACAAGACUGGGAAAAGUGGCCUUCACUGACUGCACAGACCGCACCAUAUUUGUCUUCAAAAGUGAUGACAGACAUUUCACGGUACAGGGAGACGGCAUACUGAAGGUGAAAGAACUUGUACAUAUUCGUGGGAACCAGGAUUUCUUCGUCCACACCUGGACCUCUCAAGGACACAAAAUUAGUGUUCCUGUCAGAGUAUUGCAUCAUAGCAAUCACCAUGGAGACCACAACCACCAGCACCAUCAUCACCACCAUACUAAAGUGGACCCUGCUAAUAAGACUCAGAGUGUCGCCGAUCAGCCGGUGCCCAUUCUGCAUUUCCGCAAAGCUAGUUCAGGGCUGAGGAGGAGGAAAAGAGACUGGGUCAUUCCUGUCAUCAGUGUUUCUGAGAACGUCAGAGGACCCUUCCCACUGAGAGUCUCUCAGAUCCGAUCCAAUGAGGACAAGUUAAAGAAGAUCUUCUACAGCAUCACUGGUCCAGGAGCUGAUGAGGAUCCUGUUGGCCUGUUCACCAUGGACAGAGACUCUGGCAUUCUGUACCUCACACAACCACUGGAUAGAGAGCAGAUAGCUGUAUACAAGGUGAGCACAUCUUGGUUUUAUACACACACUCUUUGUUUCAGGAUCAGAGAGAGACAUCUGGAUGUGCUUAAGUUCCCUUCAGAAU